AUGUCGCGACCGCAGGUCUUGUCCGGGACGCCCGUGAUUUCCUGCCCUCUUGUGCGCCUACCGACAGAAGUCCUGCUUCGCAUCUUUCAAGAGGCGGAUCCAAUCGACGCAGUCUGCCUCGCCCUCGCGAGCAAACGCCUUGUCCAGGUGUCGGCCAUGUUGAAGAUUCGGGUGCCCUCGGUGGCCAAGCAUAGAUAUACUCUACCAUCCUCCUGCGACGAGAUCUACCAACUUAUCCGGCGCUUCCAGCCCCAGGUCGACCGAUACAAGUGGGCAGGUGGCGAGCGCAAGUUUGGGCUGUGCACCGACUGCUUGCAGUACCGCCUGCGGGCGAGCAAACACUGGAAGCCUCUUGCGGGCAAGUAUCACCGCACCAGGGGAGUCUCUGCCAAAGGCUGGGCUGCCGCCGUGGAAAGAUGGCGCCGUGAUCUGCGGACUCAGUGUCCCGAGUGUUACUGCAAGGACCAUUAUGCGGAGCGGCCGGAACGGGAGAAACAUGCCAUGCACCUGCGGAGCCGCUCGACAGUAUCUGGGUGA